AUGAUCUAUCCUCAACAAAUACAACAACAACAACAACAACAGCAACAACAACAACUUCAAAUUCAACAUCAAAUGCUUCAACAUCAACAACAACAACAAAUUCCAAACGUCCAAAAGUAUGAACUACCAGACAGCAUGAUGAGUAGUGAACCAGACUAUAUUGGAAACAUACCUACACAUCAGAACAUGGUAGGUGGAGAGGAUCAACUCUUCACAUUAUUCCUUACAGAGAAGGACCAUACAAACAACCAAGAGUACCUUUGUAAUCAAGGAAACAACAUAAUGAUGCAAAACAUGUGCUCAAACAACUACAAUCCUGCAGUAAAGCAAGAGGAUAACUAUAGUUGUACCAAUGGGAUAGUGCCAGACUCAUCCAAUUCACAACCCAACUAUUUGAAUGUCAGAAAGAUGGAUUACCUCAAUGAACCUCUUAAACAACAACAUUAUUUUGUUCCUGAAUCAGUAGUAGACAUGCCCCAUCAAAUGACUAUGAACAAUAAUAAUAAUAAUAACAACGGCCAUUCUUCCAAACACUCCUCAAAGUCAAAGAAAAAGGAAGAGGAAAGCAAGAUGAAGAAGAGAAAGUUCAUCACAUCUACACCAGUCAAGAGUGAGAACGGUACUACUCUUGUUCCAACUCCAGAUGGAAGUGUAAAUGUUGAAGAAGAGAGACAUAUGAAGAGACAAAGAAGACUUGUAAAGAAUAGAGAGGCAGCUCAACUAUUCCGACAAAGACAAAAGGCCUAUAUUCAAGACUUGGAAAAGAAAGUAUCCGAUCUAUCAUCCUCCAACAAUGAUCAUAGGGAUAAGAACGAGUUAUUGUCCUCAGAGAACAAGCUCAUCCGAGAGCAGGUUAUGUAUUUGAAGACCUUUAUCACCAAUGCCGUAUCAUUCUCAAACAUGUCCAAGGGGGCAAUGGGUAGUCCUACCAAUGGUGCAGACUACAACACCAAUGUUCAACUUCAACUUCCUCCAGGACUGUUUCCUCCCGGCCUAAUGAACGUCCAGAAUCCAUCCUCUGUUAUGACUGCAGUGGCAGAGGCAGCCAAAUCAGCCCACUAUCGUCAGAACAUCAACUCGAUAAUGUCCAUUCCCUCCCCACCCGCUCUAAGUCUCCAGACUCAACAGGUUCCAUACCUCAACCAGAGCACACCACCUCAACAAAACAUAUCACCCCUCACCGGAGUACCAGUGGUGAUAGGCAAUGGCAACGGUGGCAACUGUGGAGGAGGAAGCAGUGGACAUAGUUCACUCUCAAGCUCACCUCAAAUGAGGUGA